GCACGGCUCCUCGCUCCUCGACGCAAGCCGAGGGAACUAGUCGCCAAGGCCACCAGGUCACCGCCUUAUCGUCACCAUCUCGCACCACAACAACCCUAGCCGCUCGCCCUCCGAGAAACCCUCCCCGGCUCGGGCAGCUGUGAUGCGGGCGUCAAUACCGGCCAGUGUUACCAUCCAGCUUGACCAAGAGCAUCACCACCCGCAGGUCUAGUUGAUCGAGAUGUCGAACCGGCCUCAUCCACUCCGUCAGACAUACACUGUUGACUACACAACAAACAAUACCAUUAAUCGCCAGCUAUCCACCACCUCAUCCGCAUCCUCUGGCUACUCGACCGGCUCCUUCGGCUCCGACCCGUACGACCUCGGCCAGCCAAGUCCCAGUUCCUCUGUCGCCUCCAAUGGAUACCCCGCUCGCUCCCUUGGCCACAAGCGCGGUCUAAGUGAGGCCGCGAUCCGACGCCCGCCGCGCCGUCCCAGCGCAUCUGACGAGCCCAAGAAGAGCCCCGAAGCCAUGUACAAUUUGGCCAGGCAGUCAUUACGCCCGCUCCCGCAGACGCCGGUUUCGGAUCCCAAGCCCGAGAAGACGCCGCCCUUUCGCGAUCGCCACGAGCGCGGGCAGAGCUUUGACAUCAGCAAGCUUUCCCUAAAUGCAGGGAAAACCUCACCUACUACCGCAUCAAAACCCUCCGUCCGGCCCUCCUCGCUAUUCCUCUCAACGCCCGAAACUAUACGCCAGGGCGUGUCCAGCGGCAGCGGCUCCCCGCAUUCCCCCCAGGCGUUGGUCCACCACUCCACCUUCAUCGCCCCGGACCUAGAGGAGCUUGGUCGCUCCUCAACAAAUGAACUGCGCACGUUGUCCAAGCUAGCCCAGGAUGGGGAGGCCGAAGAUUUUGCCAUCACCUCCCCGGCCCAGCAGGUAGUUGGCCUGCGCGGCCGACGGAGACUACAGAGGGCGGGCAACGCGAGCGGCGCGAGGAAUGGGCAACGCGGCGACCGCUACGGCUUCGAGGGCCGCAACUGGAUGGACAAGCAGAGACAGUUCCUCCAGGCUUACGAAUACCUAUGCCACAUCGGCGAAGCCAAGGAGUGGAUCGAGGAUAUCAUCCACCGCCAGAUCCCGCCCAUCGUCGAGCUGGAGGAGGCCCUGCGAGACGGCGUCACCCUAGCCGAGGUGGUGGAAGCCCUGAACCCGGACCGACGGCAUCGCAUCUUCCGACAUCCACGACUGCAAGCGAGACAUUGGGACAACGUGGCCGCAUUCUUCCGAUACCUGGACGAGGUUGAGCUGCCAGAUCUCUUCCGAUUUGAGCUUAUUGAUCUCUACGAGAAGAAGAACAUCCCCAAGGUCAUCUACUGCUUGCACGCCCUGAGUUGGCUCCUAUUCCGCAAGGGCAUCGUGGACUUCAGGAUAGGAAACCUGGUCGGCCAGCUAGAGUUCGAGCACCACGAGCUAGAGGCGAUGCAGAAGGGCCUAGAUAAGCUCGGGGCCAACAUGCCUAGCUUCGGCAAUAUGAGUGCCGACUUUGGCGUAGAACCAACGCCCGAACCGGAAGAGACCGAGGAGGAGCGGAUCGAUCGCGAGCUGUCCGAGAACGAAGCCGUCAUCCUCGACCUCCAAUCCCAGAUGCGAGGAGCCAUGCUUCGACUACGGCUCGGCACCAUCAUGCAGCAGUUAUGGGACUCGGAGGAGUGGCUCGUUGAUCUCCAGUCGCGCAUCCGGGGUGACUGGGCCCGUCAGGUCGCGGGUUACAGGCUCGAGAUGCGGACAUUUGCCAUCAACCUCCAGAGCACUGCCCGCGGAUUCCUGGCUCGAAAUAGAAUGGCGCGCAGAGAACACUUUUGGAAGAGCAAUGAAAACGACAUCUUGGCACUUCAGAGCUUGAUACGAGCGGCAAAGGUCCGCGACGAGGUACGAGAAACUCGAUCUCAAUUAGAGCGAGCGGACGGCCCAGUGCGGAGUAUCCAGGCUAUGUUCAGAGGCUACCUAGCGCGCGAGAAAGUCGUCGCUCAGAAACAGGAGACGAGUCGUAUGACUGGUCCCGUAGUAAAGCUUCAGUCUGCGAUACGAGGAAUGCUGGGAAGAGAGAGGGUCGAUCGGGAUCUUCGCGACCUCGAGAACGAGACCCCGGCUAUCACCGGCUUGCAGGCCGCCGUCAAGGCGAUGCUAACCAGAUACCAGAUCCACGAGCAACGUGAGGCGCUCGCUGGCUUCGCUCCGCAGUGGGAGUCGCUCCAGGCCCUCGGUCGCGGGAACUUGCUUCGACAGGAGAUUCAGUCUACCAAGGUCGAACUUGCGCAGCACACUCCCGAAAUUGGGUCGCUGCAAGCUCACAUCCGCGCCGCGGCGGUGCGCCGAGAGAUUGCCGACAAGCUGGAUGCGCUGAAUGACAACGAAUCCUCCAUACUCGACCUCCAGUCUCAGGCCCGAGGCAUGCUCGAGCGACAGCGGGUAGCUGCUGAGCUCGAUGCCCUCGAAAACAACGCGCCGAGUAUCACCGAACUUCAGGCCGGCAUCCGCGGUGCCCAGUUUAGGACGCAACAUUAUGCGCUCCUCGACGAAUUGAAAUCUCACGAAGACGAAGUUACCGCACUGCAAGGUCUCGCCCGAGCCAUGCUCCUACGGGACAACGUCGGCCAGCUUCUCGCCGAGCUCGACGAGCACGAAGAGUCGGUGGCAGAGCUGCAGAGUCUUGCCAAGGGUUUCGUCGUUCGAGAGAAGUUCGCGGCCAAGAAGAAGCACUUUGACGAGAAUAUGGAAAAGGUGGUCAAGAUUCAGAGCUUCGUCCGCGCCAAGCUUCAAGGAGAAGCGUACAGGAGUCUGACGACGGGGAAGAAUCCCCCGGUCGGCGCCGUAAAGAACUUCGUGCACCUGCUCAACGACAGCGAUUUCGAUUUCAACGAGGAAGUCGAAUUCGAAAGGCUACGGAAGACGGUGGUCCAGCAGGUCCGGCAGAACGAGAUGCUCGAGCAGUAUAUCGAUCAGCUCGAUAUCAAGAUCGCUCUGCUCGUCAAGAACAAGAUUACCCUCGACGAAGUUGUCCGCCACCAAAACACCUUCGGCGGACACGCCAGCAACGUCUUGGCCAACGCCAGCAUCUCUUCCGCCAACCAGUUCGACCUGAAGGCCCUGAACAAGAGCUCAAGGAAGAAGCUAGAGUCGUACCAGCAGCUAUUCUUCAACCUCCAGACCCAACCACAAUACCUAGCCAGACUCUUUAGACGGGUUCGAGAGCUGGGCACGGCGGAGAAGGAGAUCAAACGCAUCGAGUUGCUCAUGAUGGGGCUUUUCGGGUAUGCGCAGAAGAGGAGAGAGGAAUACUACCUGCUGAAGCUCAUCGCGAGGUCGAUCCGGGAGGAGGUCGACGCCUGCAGCUCCAUCCAAGAGUACCUCCGCAGCAACUAUUUCUGGUCGAAGCUGCUCAGCAAUUACACCCGAUCGCCACGAGACAGGAAAUAUCUGCGCGACCUGCUCGGCCCGCUGAUACGAGACAAUAUCGUCGAGGACCCCGCCCUGGACUUGGAGAGCGACCCGAUGCAGAUAUACCGGUCUGCCAUCAACAACGAGGAGCUUCGCACCGGCCGACCAAGUCGGCGGCCGCUCGACAUAACCCGAGACGUCGCGAUCAAGGACCCGGAGACGCGCGAGAUGUUUAUCGACCACCUCCGCGAUCUCCGGGAGAUAUCGGACCAGUUCUUCGUCGCCUUCGAGGAUCUGCUGCACCGGAUGCCCUACGGCUUGCGGUUUAUCUGCCAGCAGAUGUUCGAGGCGCUACGCGACCGAUUCCAGCGCGAGCCUCCGCAUAGCGUGCUUCAGAUCGUCGGGAACUGGGUCUGGCGUUUCUACCUGCAGCCGGCGUUGCUGAAUCCCGAGCACGUGGGCGUGAUCGAGAAGAGCCUAGGCCCUCUCCAGAAGCGCAACCUCGGCGAGGUUGCCAAGGUCCUCGGCCAGAUCGCGUCCGGUCGUCCAUUUGGUGGGGAGAAUAUCUACCUGCAACCCCUCAACGCCUUCGUAGGCGAGUCCGUCGAGCGGCUGGCCCAGAUCACGAGCGACCUGAUCUCCGUUGCCGAUGCUGAGAGCACGUUCGACAUCGACGAGUUCAACGACCUCUACGCCAAGAACAGGCCGACUCUUUACAUCAAGAUGACCGACGUCUUCGCCAUCCACUCGCUCAUCGCACACGAAAUACCUGCCAUCUGUCCGAGCCGCGACGAUAUCCUCCGCGAGAUCUUGCAGGAUCUGGGGAGCGCUAAGAACAACGAGAGCGAAAUGAACGCGGCCGGGCCGUCGGAUAUCCAGAUGUUCCUCACCCCCAAGCUCCACGAUAUCGAGGACCCCGACGCGGAUGCCAAGGCACUCUUCAUGGAGACUAAGCGCUGCAUCUUGUACAUUAUUCGCGUGCAGACGGGCGCCAACCUCCUCGAGAUUCUCGUGCGCCCACCGACGCAGGAGGACGAGCAGAAGUGGCAAGCACUCCUUCACGAGGACUUCGCAUCCGGCAGCAACACGAAAGGAGCGUACUCGGACGUCAACAUGGUCGACGUAACUCGGAUGUCGUACUACGAUAUGAAGCGCAACGCCCUAGAGAACAUCAUGCGCCUGGAGCACAUGGGGCGCAUCACCAAACACAAUUACUACCAGGACGUGUUGAACGCGAUCGCACUCGAUAUCCGCACCAAGAGCCGCCGUAGGAUACAGCGGCAACGCGAGCUGGAGGGCGUGCGGCUCACUCUUACCAAUUUGAAUGACAAGGCCAAGUACUUGGAACAGCAACGUAAGAGCUACGACGAUUACAUCGAGCAAGCUAUGGCCACGCUGCAGAAGAACAAAGGGAAAAAACGAUUCCUCCUGCCCUUCACCAAGCAGUACAACCACCAGCGGGAGCUGGAGCGCUCCGGACGCGUUCCCAAGUUCGGUUCUUACAAGUAUAGCGUCCGGGCACUCGCCGAGAAGGGCGUCGUGGUGUCGUGGCUGGGCGUGUCGGAGCGCGACUGGAGCAACAUCAACCUCACGAUCUCGUGCGACGAGGUGGGCGUGUUCAACGUCGAGGGCAGCCGCGGCCACAUCCAGAUCCCGGGCGCCAGCGCGCUGAUAUCCAUCGAGGACCUGCUGCAGGCGCAGUUCGAAUCGCAUCAGUUCAUGAACGUGUUCGAGGGCAACCUGAGGCUGAACGUCAACCUCCUGCUCCACCUGCUCUACAAGAAGUUCUACCGGACCCAAUAGAUCCGAGAAUUUGGCGUCCUAGGCUCCCGCGGCGUAACGUAGGUAGGGGCCGGCACAGCACCGAGCGUCGCAAGCGACGUGCGAGAACGGUUGAAGCGGCCUGAGGUGGGGUAGCUUCACGCGGCAGAUGCGUGACGAAGAGACGG